CUGCCGCGCUACUCUAUGGUUUCUCGCGAGGCCUCUGCCCGUACGUGACCGGGCGCAGGAAGGGUCAGAGGUCACGUCCCGCCCCCUGACGGACGUAACAUGGCGAGGCCGAGCUGGAGCCGGGCAUGGCAGCUGCUGGGUGCGGCCAGGCGGGGCAGUAGCUAUGGAACCGGGGACUCGCUGGGCCCAGGCGUCUCGCCCCCGGAGCCAGAGAAGCGGCCGAGCAGCCUCACCAGCGCCUUAGGGGCCGGCUCGCGGCAGGUGCCUUCAAAGAAUGUGGAAUCCUUUGCAUCCAUGUUGAGACGCUCUCCUUUAGUUCAGAUGGGGCCUGCCAAAGACAAAAUUGUCCUUGGUCAAAUCUUCCACAUUGUAGAAGAUGAUCUUUAUAUAGAUUUCGGUGGCAAGUUUCACUGUGUGUGCAAACGACCAGAAGUAGAUGGAGAGCCCUGUAUCAGAUAUCCUUUCUCACAGCUGAGUACUGGAUUUAGCUCCCUCCAGAGCACAAAGAGACUGCUGUCGGCAAUUGGCUUGAAGGAGUCACUACAGAGCAAAAUGAAGCUCUCUCUUCCGGUGAACAGUUCUGUAAACAAAUUGUGAUUCUGUGCCUGGCAAGAUGCAGCAUUCCCACUUGAUUCCCAGAUACAAGAUGGCAGUGGCAUGAGGCAGAAAUGACAAGAGGACUGUCUGGGAAUGUCAGUUAUCUAAAGGACAGCCCAUUAUAAACUGAAAAUUGUUCAAGAUACUUGAGAUGUACUUAUGCCCCACCUAGGCAUGGGCAUAUCUACAUGAGAGAGUUAGAACUUGUUUAUUUGAAGGUGUGAUUUUUAACUCAGUUAAUUAAACCAGUGCAAAAGGAGAUGUGGAAACUUUCAUUUUAGUUUAAAUCAGACUCAUUUUGGCAUAACUUAGAUUAAUUAGGAAUUGGUUAGGAAUAAAUCACUCUUAAACCCAAAUAAGAGUGCCCACAUAGAGAGGUGUGCAGUGGUUUAAAAUAACAUCUUUAGCUAGACCAGUGUAACUUUCUCAUGCAAACAAGGCCUUACAUUCCUCUUCCUUACUGAUCAUAAGGGAAACUUUGGCUUGAAAGAUUCUCCUCCCUGUGAAUUAGAUCAGUUCAUACAAGAAGUGCUAGGCACUGACUCGCUUUCUCCGUAUUUGUUCAAAAUUUCAAAUACAUGGACUUUUCUAUGUUAUAGGAACCCAGUAUACCAACUGAUGAUGUUCUAAAGCUGUAAUUAACAGUCUUGAAUAACACUGUGAACUGCAAAAUUUCUUUUGGUAGUGUGUUUUUAAAAUUACUGUUUAAGAUUCUGAAUGGAGUUUCCUAAAUUAGAUUCUGAGUAUGUUUGCAGGCACAUAUCUGCUUUCAUACAAAUACUUUCCUACAUUGCACAUUCCGUGCCAGUUCAAGCCAUGUGCACUACCAUAGCCUAUAGUGAAUGCCCAGAGUGGUCAUACCCACAAAUGAACGGAAAAUCAGACCAGAUGCAUGAAAACUUAUUCUCUCAGCCACUCCAAGCUCCAUGCUAGUCAUAUAAGAAUAUAAAUAUGUAAUCACAAGUAACCACCUCACUUCUUUUAGAAUAAACAGUGCAUGUAUUGUUUUAUAAUCUAAGUUUUGAUUUUGUGCUAGAAUUGUCUUAAAAGAUAGCAGCUUUGUCUGUCAAACAUGAGCAUAAAGAUAGUACUGUAAAUGUUAUUACUAUUUAUACAGAAAUGCGAGUUUACUAUAUAUGGUUCUUGAGGUAUUAAGGUAAUUUGUAUUAAGUAUUUUGCAUAUAUUCAACUAUAAUGUCUGUUAAAUGUAAAUCUGAAUAUGCACAGGUGGGUGUGCAUAUAGAUGUACUUGCUGCUGUAGCUAUACAUGCACAAUGUAACUUUCUGUGUUUGUACCUUGAAAUAUCAAAACAUAGCUGAUUAUUGUUUGCUGUUGAUAAAUUUUGCCAUUAAAGUUCAUUAUACUGGAAAUUUAGAAU